AUGGCAGCAACAACAACAAUUAUUCAAAGAAGUCCAAAAAUGAGAAGUUAUUUAACUACUCACAAACUUUCUCAUACUCAUGAGAAACCAUUUCACUGUGAUACUUGUGGAAAAUCAUUCUCUCAAAAAAGUAGCCUUACUUCUCACAAAUCUAUUCAUACGGGAGAGAAAGCAUAUCAGUGUCAUAUCUGUGGUAGAUCAUUCUCUCAAAAAUGUGGCCUUACUUACCACAAAUCCAGUCAUACUGGAGAGAAGCCAUAUCAGUGUGAUAUCUGUGGUAAAUCAUUCUUUCAAAAAUGUCAUGUUACUUAUCAUAAAUACACUCAUACAGGAGAGAAACCAUAUCAGUGUGAUAUCUGUGGUAAAUCAUUCUCCUGUUCAAGCUCUUUAACUUCCCAUAAAUACAUUCACACAGGUGAGAAACCAUAUCACUGUAAUAUCUGUGGUAUGGCAUUCUCUCAAAAAAGCAAUUUAUCUGUGCACAGACGCACUCAUACAGGAGAGAAGCCAUAUGCCUGCGAUUUUUGUGGAAAAUCAUUUUCUUCUCGUGACAAUUUAAACUCUCAUAAAUCCAAUCAUGCUGGAGAGAAAGCAUAUUCUUGUGAUAUCUGUGGUAAAUCAUUCUGUGGAAGAAAAUAUUUAACUGAUCACAAACUGAUUCAUACAUAAUACAAACCAUAUCACUGUGAUAUCUCUGG